UCUCGCCGUGGAUCUGGGAUUGGUGGGAUCGUGGAGCUGUCACGUUGCUCCGCAGCUCUCUUCCGGGUUGGCUGGAGAGGGGAGUUGGUUGGUGUGGGAAGGGACCCGAGUAUGAAGAGGGUGACCCUGUUCGUGAAGGGGAGUGCUCAGACCGGCAAGGUUAUUGCCGUGUAUGACUCGUCCAUAUCAGAUCUUCUAUCGCUCGCUAGUAAGAAGUUAGGAAUCCAUGCCACAAAUGUAUACAAUGACAGAGGUGGACACAUCGAUGACAUCGCCCUUAUCCGUGAUAACGAUGUCUUGUACGUGAGCGAUGGCGAUCCUUGUGCAGAUGAUCUGGAAAUGCCUUUGGUCCCUGAGCCAUUAACAGGAUGUCACACAGACUGGCUGACGUUAAAUGUGGGCGGCAAAUAUUUUACCACAACACGGUCUACCCUUGUCAGUAAGGAGCCUGACAGCAUGCUAUCGCACAUGUUCAGUAACAGAGAUGGCUGGGGAAAUAAGAGGGAUCACAGAGGAGCUUUUCUGAUUGACCGCAGCCCAGAAUACUUUGAGCCAAUCCUGAACUACCUGCGCCAUGGUCAGCUGAUUGUCAAUGAUGGGGUCAACUUGUUGGGGGUCUUGGAGGAAGCCAAGUUCUUUGGCAUAGAUUCCCUGAUUGAACACCUAGAACUGGCAAUUAAGAAUUCACAGCCUGCUGAGGACCACUCCCCUAUAUCCCGCAAGGAGUUCAUACGUUUUCUUCUCGCAACCCCAACCAAAUCAGAACUUCGCUGUCAGGGUCUUAACUUUAGUGGAGCCGAUCUCUCCCGCUUGGACCUGCGAUAUAUAAACUUCAAGAUGGCAAACUUAAGUGGCUGCAACCUAACUCAGGCCAACCUAUGUGGGUCUUGCCUGGAGCGAGCAGACCUGUCGGGAUCUGUUCUGGAUGGAGCCAAUUUGCAGGGUGUGAAGAUGCUGUGUUCCAAUGCAGAAGGAGCCUCCCUGAUAGGAUGUAACUUUGAGGACCCAUCCGGCCUGAAAGCCAAUCUGGAAGGAGCUAAUUUAAAGGGUGUUGACAUGGAGGGCAGUCAGAUGACUGGAAUAAACUUGCGGGUUGCAACCCUGAAAAAUGCCAAACUGAAAAACUGCAAUCUACGUGGUGCUACCUUGGCAGGAACGGACUUGGAGAACUGCGAUCUGUCUGGUUGUGAUCUCCAAGAAGCGAACCUUCGGGGAUCCAAUGUAAAAGGCGCAAUAUUUGAGGAGAUGCUUACACCACUACACAUGUCGCAGAGUGUCAGAUAGACUCUGACAUGGAGGAAGGCUCUGCGCCUCUGAUUGCUGGCAUACUGGAGACGCUCUGCCUAUUGCCUGUACUGCCAAGGCAGACCUAUAAUCUCUAUACCGUAACCGCCUACUUUAAUCUCUUGGUAAUGUGCACAGAGGACACGUGUUCACUGUGUUGCAUACAUGUAGCUCUUAUUAUAUACACACAAACCUGCUUCAGAUUUAUGGCAUAAGAGAACUGGAGCAAUUUGCACGCCUCUCCUGUGGUAUAUUAGGAUUGCGGUAGUUGUACCAGACUGGCAGGAUGGUGUGGUACGGUAUCUUAUCGGACUGCCAAUAAGGCCUGAUCAAUAUCACUGACAUAUAAGACAAGGGCUUGAAGAUAAUGACUGUAGUUUUACUCCUUGCAUAUACUUUACUUGACAGCUGCUGGUGGAGUUUAGAGGUGUUUUCUAUUGGCUGUCACAUGGUCACCAGACUACAUUGUGACCAUUCUAAGGUUUGCCUACAGAGCCCACGCAAACCUUUAAUCUAUGCACACGUAAUUCAAAUUGUGUAGCACAAAUUAUGGAUGUGUAUAAGAAGGUGUUGAAUAGCAAGCUGGCAGCUGUGGUCUUAGACCAGUUUUGGGAAGCCUUUGUCCCUCUGCCGUACUACAAGUCCCAGCAGGCACAUUAAGGCUUUGUUUAUCAGCUGCUAGAGGGUCAUAUGUUGUCCAUGCUGUACUUGACUGAGUAGGAUUAGACUGGCUACUCCAUCCCAUGUAGCCCAUAUCGGUGAUAGAUUAGACCUGUCAUAUCUGUCUAGUCCUUUGUCCUGAGGUCCAGUCACUUAUCACAGAGGUUUCUGGGCCCGCUGCAGGUCAGGGGUUACCGAGUGCCUUAAAGCAACUGUCCCAGCUGCUUCUGGAGUUAUUUAGUUAUGCAAAUGACAAGAUGAAGUGCUGAACUGUUACCCCCUUUCCCUCGAUCUAUAUAUACAAUAAAUAUUUUUUGAUUGAUUUUGA